AUGGCAUCCGAGCAGCUGCAACCCGAUUUCUCCGACAGGACCGAUUUCGAAAACGCCUCUCGGGGCUUGAUCGGUUCGCUUCAGCCGGGCAUCAUCCGAGCUGCCGAUGGCCGACCGGUGUACAACAACGAUGCGUAUCACUUCCUGCACGAUGCGGAAUGCCCGCCGACCGCAAACCCGAAGCUAUGGCAGCAGGGCCAAUUGGCCUCGAUGCAGGGGCUGUUCGAAGUGACUCCCGGAAUCUACCAGAUCCGGGGCCUUGAUUUGGCCAACAUGACCGUUGUCGAAGGCACUGAGGGGGUUAUCAUCAUCGACCCCCUGACAUCUGUGGAAUGCGCCGCUGCUGCCCUAGCCCUGUAUCGCAAACAUCGCGGCGACAGGCCCGUCACCGGUGUCAUCUACUCGCACUCCCAUAUCGACCAUUUCGGGGGCGCUCAGGGGGUUCUCUCGGAUACAGCCUCCAUCCCACUGGUGGCGCCAGAAGGUUUCGUAGAGGAAGCCAUGAGCGAGAACAUCUACGUCGGGCCCGCCAUGCGUCGUCGGGCGUUGUAUAUGUACGGAUCUCAAUUACCCCAGGCGCCAGAUGGACAAAUCGGUUGUGGAAUCGGAAUGACCGUCUCGACGGGGACAAACUCGUUUGUGCCGCCCAAUACGAUUGUCACCUCGACUGGCGAAGAACGGACGAUCGAUGGGGUCCGGGUCCAGUUCCAAAUGGUUCCUGAAUCGGAGGCGCCGUCUGAGAUGAACUUCUUUUUUCCUGAUCAUCGUGCGCUGUACAUUGCCGAGUGCGCGACGCAUAGUCUGCACAAUAUCAUUACGCUUCGCGGGGCUCUAGUCCGCGAUGCGAAAGCGUGGGCAUGGUACCUGGAUGAGUCGCUGGUUCUAUUUGGUCAAGAUGCAGACGUCUUAUUUGCCGGUCAUAACUGGCCGACCUGGGGACAGAAAGACAUUGCACGGCUGAUAUCCGAACAGCGUGAUAUGUAUGCCUACUUGCACGACCAGACUGUGCGGAUGAUGAACCAAGGCUUGACCGGGAUCGAAAUCGCCGAGACCAUGACCCUUCCGCCCGCGUUGCAAACAGCAUGGCAUGUCCAGGGGUUCUACGGAUCAGUCAGCCACAACGUAAAGGGGAUCUAUCAACGGUACAUGGGGUGGUUUGAUGGAAACCCUGCACAUCUGUGGGAGUACCCGCCGGUAGAAAACGCGAGGCGAUACGUCGCCUGCAUGGGUGGAAUUGACGAAGUAGUCUGCAAGGCAGAGCGAUUCGCGCAGGACGGGGAUUUACGUUUCGCAGCCACCCUCCUGGGACAUGCAGUCUCGCUCGAUCCGAAACAUGAGAAAUCGAGACUCACGCUGGCCGGGGUGUUUGAGAAGUUAGGGUUCGGCGCGGAGAACGCCACCUGGCGCAACUUUUACUUGUCGGCAGCGCGGGACUUGCGCGCGGAGGCCCCAAGCCCAAAGAAUCCAAUGCCCCAGAGUCGGGAGUUGAACCGGGGGCAAUCAGUGGAGCAGUGGCUCACCCUCCUGUCAGUCCGGCUGGAUGGGCCCCAGGCGGCGAACGAGGCAUUUACGAUUGAUAUCAAUGUGACCGAUGGGCAGCGGUGGAGACUGAUUCUCAGCAAUGGGGUGUUGACGAGCCGGAAAGCCUCCGAUCGGGCUGCUCCAGAGGCGGGCUUUACGAUGUCUCUGGCGAAGCCCCGAUUGCGCGAGAUUCUGAGCGGACAGUCCGAUCUCGAUGGUGUGGAAUAUGAGGGCGACACAGCAUUGCUCCACCGACUGCUUGCUUUGACAGCGUGA